AUGUCUUUUUCUUACCUGACAGGUCCAAUAUGGGUCGGCGGUAAUGACUUGGGAAGAAAACACAGGUAUACAUGGGAGGGCAAUAGAGGCCUAGUUCAAUCGUUACAUUUCGACGCAACACCUCGCAGUGAGGCCAGUUGUGUGGCUAUAGACAGAUCAGGAACCCUGCGGAAACAGAACUGUCACUUUAAAAUGAAGUUUCUCUGUGCUCAAAGAGUCACAGGCUGCCCUUUUCAACCAGCAAUAGAAAACGGUAUUUGGACCCAGUGUGAAUACCACAUUGGGGGCAGGUGUAUUCUGCAGUGCGAUGAGAUGUAUCGGCUUCAAGGGGAUAAUAUGAUCAUCUGCGGACUGGGUGUUCUUAAUAGGUGGAGCACUGCUGGAAUUUGCAAGGUUAAAGCCUGUCCCUAUCCGCCUCGAGUUAAAGACGGCAUAUGGACACAAUGUAAUUAUGACUACGGCGGUACCUGCGUUUUACAAUGUGACGAAAGCUUUACUCUCCAAGGAAAAAGCACAGUCGUCUGCCAGAAUAAUGGCAACUGGACUGCACCGGGAAGUUGCAUUGGGUCCGAACACAGAUUUGAAUACAACGAUACCAGCUUUGUACUGUACCGGACGAAGGAAGAUUGGCACUCUGCUAAUACAAGUUGUAUUGCAAAAGGCUUGCUAUUGGCAAAGAUAACCGACAUUGAACAAGCUUAUGCUCUUUCCAAAUAUUUUUCCUUCAGCGCAUAUGAAAUCGCAUGGGUAGGAGCCAAUGAUAUCAACAAAGAAAACGAUUUUGUUUGGAUCGGAGAAAGAGGCGGGGUCAAUUCCUCCCUAUGGGCCCCGAGAGAGCCCGGGGGUGGUAACAAUAAAAAUUGCGCCGGUUUACGUUUCGAUGGACUCCUGUUGGACUGGAUAUGUGAUUCUAAGAUGACAUAUUUAUGUGAAAAAGUGAAGAUAGAAGUCACUUAUGAAUACUUUAUUGACUGGGACACAACACAUACUGACUUAGUUUAUAUCUAUAUAACAACGCAGGAGGAUUUCAUGGAGGUUGUUAUAGAUGACCGUAAUUUAACGACCUAUAACCAAAAGCUGUGGAAAGGUGUUGCGUAUACAGUCUUAAAAGCCAGCUCCAGAAAUACAGUAGCUCGCCCUAUACACUUCGCUGGCGUAGGUCGAUUUGUUGUCCACAUAUUUAUGAACAUCAUGAUAACAUCCUUCGACUACUUCGCGGCUAUCCCAGUGAAGGUUUGGGCGAAACAUUACAACUUCGUAGUUGUCAAGGAUGAUUACUCUAUAGUUGUUGUUUCCAAUAAAAAGGUCACGGUCAGUAUUCUUUCCUGUAACCGUCAUGAGCACUCUUUUCAACUGGAGAAGUAA